AUGGCGGAUGUCCAGCAGCUGGUGGACAUGGGAUUCGCUGCGGCGGAUGCUGAAGUAGCCUUGCGAGAGAGUGCUGGACACGUCGAGCAAGCGCUGGAGCUGCUCUUGACUGGGACUUUGCCUGAGGAGUCCAAGCCCUUGGAAAAGGACAAUUCAAUCGGCGGCUUUGACGCGAACAGCCCAUCGGAGAAAAACAAGUUUGUGGGUGGCACGCCUUCAGACUGGCCCGAACUUCCCAAACCGUCCGGCUAUGUCAAGCCAGAGACGAGACCUCCGGGCUUGGAUCAAGGCAGCCUAUUCUCUGGAGGACAAUGUGCCAACACCACAGAUGCCCCGGCAACCCGGGGCUCCCAUGGUUGGCAAUACAUGAAUGCUGGCGACGGCGCUGAGCUGCUGAUCGGCUCCAUCAGGAGGGUGCACAAAGCGGAGGAUUUGCGUUCGGAAGGCCUCUGCAAAGGAAAGCCUCUGGAGGAAUGA